CAUGCAUUUUAGCUGUUUUCAUUAUUAUGUUAUUUUCUGAAGGAGACACACAGCUUUACACACAAAAAAAGUCCAAGGGAGAGCUCCCCUUUUUUCUUGCAAAAGUGCGACAUAUUUUUUUUUAAUAAAAAUUUUCAAUCCUUUGCCGUGGAAGUGAAAAGACACAUUUUUAAUUUUAUUGAAAAAAAUUUCUCCUUUCGUAAAAAGAGAAUAUUGAGCAGUUAAUUCGCAUCAAUAAUUUCGAGAAGUGUUAAAGACAAAAAAGAAGUGUUUUUGUAGUGAAAAUAAAUUUAAAAAAAAAAAACGAAAUAAUUUAAAUUUUCAUCAAUUAAUAAAUUAUCUCAAAGUGAUUUAUAGAAAAAUUCCUUAAACAUCACUUUAAGCAUCAGAAAAAAGAGCGGCAGAAAUAAACAAGGAUCCAAAAGAAAAUAAAUAAAGCAAUAAAUCCGAUUGAUAUUGUGUGAUAAAAAUCAAUUAUGAAUGACUGAAAUGUGUUAUACUGGAUUUAGAUAAUAUUUACAGCUGCUGUAUGAGGAAACCAAGCAGUUAUGUACAUUAGUGAUUUUAAGGCUUCCAGUAAUGACAAUUACUUUGGCGCUUACAAAGUCGGGAGCACAAUAAUCAUUCCAAAGCUCUUCAACAGGACUCACGCUAAUCUGGCCAGUGCGGCUUACGGGUCGCACGCCACUGCCGGGGCCUGGUGGGGGCAGCACACUCACACCCACGCGUCUGGUGCUGCCAUGUACGAGGAUACCGCCGGACAGGCGGGAGGGCAUAGUCCACCAGCGGCUAUCCAGCAGUCAAGCCAGCAGACCAAUCACGUGGUACAGCAACCCCCCAAUCAGCCAAACACAGGUGGUGUCCAGCAAUCCAACACGGUGGCGGGACAGACACAGAUCGUGGCGCCGUCGACGGCGAGUGAGUCACCUGCUAGUGUCAGCUCACAGCCGGCAGGCCCUCUCCAUAUACCUGCAAAACGUCCAGGAUUUGAACCUGACCCCUCCGUCAUAAGACACCCACACGCAUGGGGCUAUGAGACUGGUUUUGAAUCACAAUAUCACACCCACUCGCAAUACUAUCUCGAGAGGGAUCGCAAGUCUGUCUACUAUGGGUAUCCAGAGGCGCAAUUUCCACAGCCACCAUACUGGAAUUACCGAGAUCAACCGUCUUACCUGACGGACGAUCGUCAUGCUGCGAGGCAGACUGUAGAGGGCACUGGCACCCAGUCAACCUAUGACACCACCUACGCCACAAGUGGACUACGGCCCUACGCCAGUGAUGCUUACUCUACGCCAGGAUCAAGCUUAACAGCAGCUGUUGGUGUGGGAACUGUUGGGUCUUGUACCCCAUCUAAUGCCCUAGAGUGGACGGGUCAGGUGACGGUGCGGAAGAAGCGCAAACCCUACUCCAAGUUCCAGACACUGGAGCUGGAGAAGGAGUUCCUCUUCAAUGCGUACGUAUCGAAGCAAAAACGCUGGGAGUUGGCGCGGAAUCUCAACUUGACGGAGCGGCAGGUGAAGAUUUGGUUCCAGAAUCGACGAAUGAAGAAUAAGAAGAAUUCCCAACGACAGGCAUCGCAGCAGAAUAACAAUAACAGCACGAGUAGCAACCACAACCAUGGUCAAGUACCGCCGCAGCCGCAUCACAAUCCACAUCACAUCAAUCUUGGUUUGGGCAUGACCCAUCACGGACCCAAGAUGCACCAGUGACCCACAGAACACGACGCCGCCAUGGGAUUCCCGACAUUUUGAACAGCAACAACAGCAACAACAUCAACCCAAGUGGACACGCUGCGCAUUUCCCACCAGACUUCCCAAGGCGUGCGUGUCACGAGGGGACGCACCAUGCAGGGGCGUCGUGACGUGUAUGUGGGGUAGCCCUGUAAGAGAAUUUUCUUUUUCAAUUGUGAGCGCAUUGAGAAAUCUACAUUAGAAAUUAUAUUGUCACAUAUAAAAAUUAAGAAUCCCUGUAUUAGUAGCCUAACUCUUAUACAUACCUAGUUACAUACAAAAAAACAAUUUAUGGAAGGAAUGCAAGAAAGAAACGUGAAGGGGAUGCGAGAAUAUCAACGGAAAUUUACAUUUUAAUGUAAAUAGCAAUGUUGUAAAUCAUUUUUUUCUGUUCUACAGUAGUCAAAAGGAGAAGAAAAAAUGCGAGGGUGGAUGAAAGAAGAGUGUGGUUAGUUUGGAAUUUAAAUGAACAAUUAAAAAAGUAUCUGAAGAAUUUAUAAUUCACACCACAAAAGAGCCUCAAGAGCUCACAAAAAAAUGCAAUAGACGUGAAAAUAAAAAGGAAAAAAAUGUAAUAGAAAGAAAAUAUUGGUUGGUUUUUUUAUGCUUGAAAUUCGGUAUGAAGAUGAUUUUUUUUUAAACUUUCUGUCAUGUUGACAGAUCACAAUUAACUGUCAAAAUUUUAAUGUCAGUGCAAUGCCUAAGAAUUGGCGCGGAAAUUAAAUAAAGACUAAUUUAUUCUCUAGAAAAUAUUCUUUUAAAUAAACCUGAUGCAUUGAAAUUGCGUAAAAAUUAUAAAUUAUGAAAAAUAGCAUAAAAAGCUAACCAAUAUUUUUUUUUCAUUUAAAAACUGUUUUGUCAAUUUUCAAAAUUAUUCAAAAAAUAAUCACGAAAACCAUCAUUUUACAUGCAGCUCUUUUUUCAUUAAACUUACAAUGACAUGUGAUUUUUACUAAUUUAUGUUUAAUCAGCGGAUUUUGUUUUAUUUCAUUUUAAUUAAAUAUUAAUUAAAAAAAAUGAAAAAGAAAAAAUUUCAUUAAACGAAAUUUUUUUUGCAAACGGGGGGUGAGGGUGAAUGCAGCUUAAAGGAAAAUCUUUAUUUCAAUUAAAAGUUGAAAAUUUCUUAGGUAAUUUUUCUUACCAAGUGACUUAAAUGGUAGAUGAGGUAUAUAAAUUAUUAUUAUUUUUUUGUAUACAAAAAAAACAGCGAAGGAUUGAAAAAUAAAACCACAACCGGGAUAUUUGCAAACACAGUUUAAUGUAAUAGUUAAAGAAAAAAAAAUAAACAAACUUUUAGACUUGUACUCUAAAAAUAAAAGAAAAAAAUCAUACAUAGCGUGUAAUUUCACUAAAUUAUUGUAAAUACAUAAUUUAAAUUAAAUUCAAUUAAUAAAUUAAUCAUAGUGUAGUCAUAACCGAUAAAUGCUAAAAAAAAGUAAAAAAAAAUAUAUAUAUGUGCUCAAAACAGUUUAUGUACUUCAAGAGAAAAAAAAAUUCAGAAAAAAACGUGAAUUGAGAGGAUCUAUGGUUAGAAGGUUCUUUAAAGAAAACAAAAAAAAACAGUUCUUACAGCUUUUUGUAGCGAAAAAAAGAGAAUAAAAAUGAAAAGAAGCAAAUUGAGGUGAAACGAAGAAUUUACAUGAGAUGAAAAUGUAUUUAUUUUAAGUUUUAAUUUCUAUUAUUGUUGAAUUUUUUGAUAUUUGCAUUUAUAGUUUUUUUGUGUAAUAAGAAAGACAAGUUAAAGGCUUUCUUUUUUUUUUGGUUAAACCCCUGCGCAACUUUAAGUUUUUCUUUGCAAAACAUAGUCAGAAUUUGAUGAAAAAAAAAUGGUGAAAGAAUCACAAUAAAAAACCCAAAAGAAUUUUUUGUUUUGAAUCACUUUGAAGUGAAAAUAUUAAUAAAUUUGCAAUAUUUUUUAUUUGCAGAAUAAAACUCCAAAGUACAAAAAUAAAAAAAUAAAAGAAAAUUAGAAAAAAGAAAAUUCAGAUCAUGAAAUAAUCUCUAAAAAAAAUGUCUCGAAAAAGAAAUAAAAUGAGAAAAAAAUAUCAUAGUUUUUUGAAAAUUAUAAAACAAAGAGAAAGGAAGUUAAAAGAAAACCUCUCUUUCAACCGAAUUUAGUAAAUAACAAAUCAUGGAUGAUUGCUGAAUAUUUGAGGCGAAAAUCUCAUAUUGAAAAAAAAGUGUUGAAAGCAAUUUAAAAGAAAAGAUUGAAAGAAGUAAAAAAAAAUCUUUGUGUUAUAUCUGCACAGGGUGAAUGGAAAGAAGUGAAAAAAGAGAAAAAAAGAUUUUCAAAUGAAAGUUUUUUUUGUUGAAAGGACGGUUAGUGCCAUAAACAUUUUUCUCACUCACCAAAUUAAAAUAAAAUAAAAAUGAAUUCAAAAUAUAGGCAGUUUCAGUGUUUAAUAUUAAGCCAUGGAGAUUGUUUACCUAUAUAUUAGAAGAAAGAAUUUUCCCCCGAAUUUCUCAAGCUAAUUUUGAGUCAUUUCUCUUUUUUUGAUAUUUCUUUUUCUUCUUAUAAUAAAAAAAAAUUGAUUUCAUUGAAAUCUCCGCGAGAAAACAUCGCCAGAUGGAUGCAAGAAGAGAAAAAAAAUAAGAUAUUAAAUAGUAAGUUAAUUAAAAAUAUUUAGACUUUGAUUAUAAAGAAAAAAAUGAAAAUGAAUAAAUAUUAAAUCUUAAUAUUAAAGGACAACAAAAUGACGCAUGAAAUUGGUAUAAAAAAUGAUUGUAUUUGAUGUAAUGUGACCCUCACGAAUUAUUAAAAGAAAAAUAUAAUUGAAAAUGCCAGUGGUAAGGAAAGGACGGCUUACGGUAGAUGAGAUUCUCCAUAUUACCAUAAUUUUCUUUGCCCGACUUCUUCUUUGAGGUUUUUUUCUCUUUAUUUUCAAAGAAGCUUUUUAGGAAAUAAGAUCACAGAUGAUCUUUAAGACUUCCUAAAUUUUUAUUUGUUUUUGUAAAUCAUAACCUGGUUUGGGAGAUUUCUAUCUCCUUCCUGAACAAUUUUUACGUUUUGUAUAAUUUUAUUUGUUGAAAAAUAAUUUUUUUCUUUAAAACUUUUUCUUGGGAAGUUUUCAAUUUUUUAUAUGAAGAUUUAAGAGGAUUUAUCAAGACUUUUUCUUUGGGUUUUCUUAAGAAAAAAAAAACUCAUAUUCAUACAACAAAUUCUGAUCAAAAGAACUCUUUAUUAAAUAAAUAUUCCAAUCAUUAAAUUAAAAAAAAUUUAACUGGCAAAUACGCGAGAAUCCCAUCUGCUUUAGGAGAAAAAGAAAAAAAAGAAAAAUUCAAAGAAUGUGAACUUUCUGAUCUAAAAACAGAAGAAUUACAAUGAUAUUAUUUAUCCCAAAAUUAAGCCCAACAGUGGAUAGAAUUAUUAAAAGAAAACAUAAGAAGAACAUCCCUACACUGUGUCUGUAAAUAGUUUGAACCGAAUGAGUCAAUAAGGUGAGGUUUAAAGGACAUUUUUGCGUAUAUAUAAAAUCGUGGAGAGAAAUUCACAUGAAACUUUUAGGUAAUAUUCACACAAAAUAUGGACAAUGAUGGAUAUAUUAUUAUAUCAAGGAGAGAGCAGAGAGGAAAAAAAAGAAAAAAAAACAAUAAAUAAAGCAUUGUA